GCAAUUCUUAUCCUCAUAGAAACACCGAGCAGGUUUUUUUUUCUUUGCUUCGCGCGAUGUUGCAGAAGCGUAGGCUGACAGUGCAGCCGGUCGAUGCCGCCCACUUCUGCGGGUGCGACAACGGCAUGGUGGUCUCCUUCCUCAACGGCGUCGACCACCUCGUCAUCGACCCGGCUGCCACGGAGCAAGUCGACACACAGCCGCUGCCUUCGCGUGUUGCCGCACACACCUACACCGGCGCUCAGCUGGUCGGGGCGGCAGUGGACACGCAACGCGAGUGCGUCGUGGAGGCGGCUGUCAGCGCCGCUGCAGUGGUCGCCUGUCGCGUCACGCCACUGACGGCGUCGAAGGCAAACCCGACAGCCGCUUACCCGGUACGUGCCGAGGGACCGUCGAAAGUCGUGUUCUUUUUCGGUUGUCAGCGACUAGCAGAGGUGCGAGUGAGUGCGGGCGUCGCCACCACCGCCGACGCUACCGCCGAUGCCGCCGCGUGCCCGAUGCAGUGUUUUCGGGUGGAAUCGGGCGCUGUACCGGGGGCCUUUGCCCUCGACAUCGCCGCUUUUAUGGAGGGCACGCAGACCCUCUGCGCCUGCACGCCGCAGCUGGGAAAACUGCAGACCCUCCGCUUUGAUGAGCAACACGUCUGCUGCAUGGGGCCCGGGCGAGUUGGUAGAGCUGAGGUGACAGUGGUACUGUCUAACGGUGUGGCCGUGUUGUGCGGGAUGUUGCGCACGCCUAUUUCCUCAGAUGAUGGUGAGGGUGCUUUGGCAUGCGAAGAGCAGCUCGCACCGUCCGCCUCCUCGUCUUCCUCGACGACGUCUCUGACGGCGGCAGCACGGCGUGCGUUUGCCAAGGCAAAUGAGCACAGCAGCCUAUGUGUCCUGCACACCGUCCAGCUGCCGGCCACACCGUCGCCUACGUCAGACACCGUCGCGGCACCACGACGCGUUGCGUGGAGCGGGGCGUCAACGCUGUGGGUGGUGUACGCCGAUGGUGCGGUGGUGGCAGUGCGGUGCAAGGAGACAAAUCUCGCACACGACGCGCCACCGCGCCACACACAGCAGAACGAAGAGUCCCAACAAUCCACAGAUAGCCACAGGGUGGGGGAGCCCCCGACAGAGACGACCAUGUCCGUAGAGCAUGUGUUCCACUCACGGCUGACAGAUAAAGACGGGCACCGCAUUCCCAUUCAGAACAUCUUCACAAAUGCCGAUCCCCGUGCUCCCGUCCUGCACGUUGCCUUCACGAGCGGCAACGAGGGAAGUGACGGGCGCAUUGCGCGGCUCUUUUACGGCACGGUACGCUUGAGCGAGGCCGCCGCCGCCGCCGGUGAUGGCAGCAACCCGUCUUCACUGAGCGUGCAGUGGCGGCUGCAGUGGAUGCCUUACGAUGAACAGUUGUAUGGUGUGCGAUAUGAGAGAGGUCAGUUCCACAUACUCACCCAAGGCUGCCGCGGUGGCGGCCCGCUGUACAUCGCGCUGCUGCCUCGGAGCUGCCCUGUGCAUACGUCACCGAGCGGUGCUGCCGCAGAGUGUGCGGGUCUCGCUGCGAGGAUCAUGGCGAGUCCGGAAAACGAUCUGGCAAACCACUGCCGUGCGUGUGAAAGCCUUCUACAGGAGCUGCACGCCGCCACUCAGCAGUUAUCGUGUGAGGGCGACGCUGAGGCGCUGCUGUACCGUCUCAUGCAGGCGCAACACGCCUUGUAUGCUUUGCUGAGUCGCCAGCAUCAGUCGCUGAGUGUCACCGACCUGGCCCCGAGUGAGAGCCUUCCUUACCACCUGCUGCAGCGCGCCGCGCGGCUCUUCCGGCAGCUCUCCGCGUACGUGUUGUUUCUCCGUCUCGGCAUCGUCGACACCGUGACGAAGCCGGUGCAGGAGGUGUUGCGGCUGGAGGAGGCGGCGAUGAACAGCAAAGUCGCUCAGGCGCAAUGGAUUGCGCUGAUGCGGGACACGUUCCGCAGCGCCAGCGUGUAUCAAAGCACCGUGGCGGAGCACGCGAUGUGGCAUGCGCCCACCCCGCUGUGUGUGGACCUUCUUGCCAGUCAACUGGGCCUCUUGCUGUCCGACUCCUCGUGCACCAUGGCGUCUGUGCUGGGCAAGAUGGACACCCUCACGACGGAGUACGCCCUUUUCAUUCUGUACUACAGCUAUCAAGUCAUGGGCUGCGCUGGAGACGCGAACGCCGCUGUACCGUCGCUCAGCGUGCAGCAGCAGCGCCGUCAGUGGCGCGAGUCCUUCCUCCUCCUGUUUGGGCAGUCCAUCGAGCUAAAUGGGUGGGCCUUUACGUGCUACGCCGUCGAUCACCACCUGAAUCCGGCAGAGCGGUGCGGUGAGACUGCUGAUGCGCCAGCGCGGUACGUCCUCGGGCUCGCCGUGCACCACCUCGGCGCGCCUCCCUUCACCAAACUGCUCGCUCCCGUCGUCAACGGUCUCGCACACGUGGCGGCGCUGGAUGUGUUGCUGCACAUGAUUCCCUCCUGCCUCGCAGCCUACAGCGCCGCAGAAGAGGCUGUGCCGAUUACCGUCUCGAUGCGACUGCUUUGUGUGGCGGUGCGCGCUGGGUCGCAUCGCAUGAUCGAGGAGCUUUACGAGGUGAUGCGUUCUUCUCCCCUGCUGCAGGAUCUCGCCGCCCAGCCGCUCGCCUUUGCAGCCCUCGCCGCGCGUGACGUCUCGGGCUUGCGUGGGUGGGUGGAGGUUGGCAGCCCGGUGGCCGCCACCAUCGAGCGCACCAUGCAGGCGUCCGAGAGCAUCCCACAGCGGGAAUCGGUGCUGAUCGCCUACUACAUUCUCUUGCAGCGGUACGAGGACGCGCUGCGGGUGUGCACCUCGGCCACCGCGGCCGACCCUACGCAGGCGCAGCGGCUGCAGGUCGUCCUUUCGUAUCUCCGCAGCCUGUUAUCCGUAGCCUCCGCGGCGUGCGGGGGGGAGGAGGCGUGCAGGCCGGCGCCGUGUGCGGUGGAUUCGCUGCUCCCGUUGGACUCAAGCGUUCACUACCCGUGGUCACAGACGGCGCUGGCGGCCCCUUUGUUAGAGACAGACUUCGCGACGCUGUCCAAGGAGCUGAAGCGGGCCGCGCUGGGUGUAAAGGAGGGAGGUAGCGGCGUGAAACUGGUGCCAUAUAGCGGCGCGGGUGGCGUGGCGGGGACAAGCGGUGCUGCGGCCUCGACGGUUGGGCAGGGACAACCACACCGUCAUCACGGCGAUAGCAGCACCCCGCCCAACGCGAAGCCGCCUGUCUUUCGCCCUUCCACGCUCCUGCUCUCGGUGGAGCGCAGCGCGGGCUCGCGAGGGGCCUCCUCUCCAUCACCGGGCUCCACCGUGAAUCAAGCUGGCGGCUUCUAA